UUAAAAAGUGAUAACUCUAUCUCUCGUAUAUACAAAGUUACACUGCACACAAACAUACAUACGGCUGUUUCACCUCCCAAAACUCAACCUAUAAUUAUAAAUCCGCUCUCUGCAAUCUGCAAUCUUUCAAUGGGUUUUCUACCCUCAAUCUGACAAACCCACUUCCAAAAUCUUCCUCCAUUUUGGAUUUAGAUUAGUUUUUUUUACCUAUCCCGUGAAUUUUCUCGGAGAUUUUCUCUUACUUUCCCAUCUGGGUUUCAUCGGAAAGAUGGGAAAAAAUCAAGCUUACAAAGCUAUGCAAAGAGCGAGGCUGGGUUCGAGCUUAGCCGGCCCCGACGAGAUCGAGGAUGGCAUGGUGGAUGGUUCUUUUCAUUCACCAGAGUGGCAUGCUGCCCGUUUGGCUAGCCUCAAAACUUCUCACACAGUUACUUGGGAAGAGUACAAAAAGAAGCAAAAGGAAGAUGAAAUAAAAAAGGGGGAGCUAGAAGCAGAUAAAGAUAGAAUGAUGAGGGAGUAUAGGGCUCAGCUAGAUGCUGAAAGGGCAAGAAAGCUUGCCCAAGGAAGGAAUCACUCGAGCAGUAAAUCUAAACGCAAAAGAGAUAAGAAGGAAAAGGAUCCGAAGAAACGCAGCAGCAAAAAGAGAAAGCAUUACAGGAGAUCUUCUGAUUCAAGUUCAUCAAGUUCGUCGUCCGAAUCUUCUAGUAGUGAUGAUGAGGAGAGAGAAUCAAAAAGAUCGAAAUCGAGGUCUAAGAAAAAGAAGAAGGAGAAGAAGCACAGGUCAAGAUCCAAGCACUCCAGCAGUGAUGGCGAAAAGAAUGAUGGGCCGUUGCCGCUUUCUAGAUUCUUCGGGAAUGUAAAGACCUGAUCUUUUUGUGUUGAGAAGUCUGUACUUUUCAAGCCCUCUUUCUGAAAUAGUAGAUGAGGAGCUAAUCUCUCAAUUCACUAUGACUGGCUUUCAUGGUUACAUUGCUAGAUUCAAAGCUUUGUGAUACUCGAAACAUUUGUGUAUUUUUUAUUUUCCACAUUAGAAAAGAAUCCGGUUCUGCAUC